CAAGACUUAUAGUGGCAGUGAUCUAGAUAAUUCUGAGCAAUUUUAUUGAAAGGGUGGAAGCAACUUGCCAGAAAAGUGUUGUCAAAAGUUGGUGAAACGUGAACUUCAAUACUGUAGUAGUGUAGAUAUGAAGCUCAUUCCAUGUACCGGUAUUCUGAUAUGCUUCGUUGUUGGUUGUUCCAUUGGACUGGUUCCUGGGGUACAAAGCAGUGGAGAGACUAAUGGGACAGAGACAAAGGCCCAUGUGGUCCAAAGAGGGUCUUUUUAUUGUAUACCAAAGAAGUGUGAGAUCAAUCACUAUUUCAUUCUUUGCAAUUCAACCGACUCUGCCAAACCUGGGAAAGAUGAGUGUGUUCCGUGUGGGAACAAUACCUUUAAUUUAGACAGAGUAAACACUGGUAAUAUUACUAUCCCUUAUCAAUUACCGGAGCACCAGAUCUGUACAAAACCUGAAUGUGAUUGUGGCCCAGAAGGUUUCAUUGUGAAUGGACAUAGAUGCAGUAUCGCCGGAGCACAGAAGAUCUGUAUUUGUAAUGCAAAUAAAGGUUACUGUGGUCAUGACUAUCGAAAGUGUGUUAAAUGGAAUGGGGCAGAAUCUGAUAUCCCAGUAGAUUGGGGAUUGACACCAAAUUGCAGCAUCCAGAAGUGUGAGAAGGGGUACUCUAAACCUUACGUAGGAUAUGGUGCAUGUAAAAAAUAUACCAACAACUCGACCACUACUCAGCCAACAACACCCUCCACAUCCGGAGCCCCUGCCACAGACGUCCAGAAUAAUUUGACUGAAGUCGUCACCAGAAACACCACACCUCCAAGCGUUAACGAAGACAAGAAUGGUGGUUUGGAUCUGAACAUUCUUAUUAUAGCUGUAGCAUCAUUGGCAUCCCUGGCAGUGAUUAUACUUGGUGUAUGGUUGGGCAUUAAACUUUGCUGCAGGAAUAAGUUUGGCCAAUUUAUACAAAGAUUGAAGAACACAGUCCCGAAUAAUGGUGUGAACGAUCAGCUCAAUGAAAUACCAGAGGAACAGAAUGUCAAUGUUGCCUCAGAGGCCACCAGUAUGGUCUAGUUGGGACAGUUUGCAGCAAGGAAAUAAGGAUUCUUAAGUUUGAGACAUGUGAAAAAAGAGGGGACUGGAGGAAGAAAACCAAAAACAAUAAAUAAAAAUAAUAUGGACUGGAGAAGAAAACCAAAAACAAUUAAAAAAAAAAAAAAAAGUUUUUUAAUUAUAUACAGUCAAACUUCGUUAUCUCGAACUAGAUGGGACUGUUUGAAAACUUCGAGAUAUACGAGUAU